AUGCCUCCAGCAGCCCCGGAUGCCACCUGCGGGCAGCCCCGCAGCUGCGCUGGUGGCGACGGCGAGGCAGAGCCCCCCGGUCCGCAGCACCGCUACCGGCCUGCCGUUGCCGCUCCCGUCUCCCCAUUCCCACUCUCCCUGCUCCUGCUCUGCCCGCUCUCGUCUCCCGGCCGCUGCUCUCCUCGCUCCCGCACCCCUCGCUAUCGGGCGAGAAGCGGUUUCCGCGGAGGAAAGCGCCGGGAGCUCCUCCUUCCCCGUCCCCGCCGUCAGGUCAGCCCGGGCCCGCAGAAGAGCGGCAGUCGGGCGAGCAGCGCUCCGCGCAGCCUUGCGCCGCCCUCCUCGCGGGCUUUCCGCACGUCGCGAAGCCGCCCGGCCGCCUCCGGGCCCGCCGCCAUGCGGAGGUCGGAGCCCCUCCGCCGCUGCCGCCGCCGCCGCCCGCCCUCCCCCCGGCCCCCCCGGCGUCUCCGCCGCGGCCCGAUCGCCGGCCCGCCCGCCCCGCACACGCGGCCGCCCCCGCCGCCGCACCGCGCAACGGCGGCGCAGCGCGGCACGCACGGCCCGGCGCUGCCGCCCGACCCCAUGCCGCGGGGCCGCUACCCGCCGCGGGGCUGCCGGCGGCCGCGCUCGGUGUCCGCGGCACGGCGGGCAACUUGCAGGCAAGUUUGCGGGGAACUUUUCUUCCGGGAGCCGCGGGGAGAAGCGGGGCGUCGUUCCCGCUCGGGAGGCAGAGCCCGGCCGGGGCCGCCCGCAGGGGGUCCGCGGGGUCCCGGCGCGGCCCCGGAGAGGCGAGCGGCGCGGGCGUAG